GCAAUCCCACUUUGUGGGUGGGGAGCGACUGUAUGUACUAGUGUACCUUCUACAAGCUCGGGGAAUUGGAAUUACUACCUUCAUCUGGUGGACAUUGGCGCAUGCAGCGAGUGCUUGGGUUCCUUGGGGCUGUUGCACAGAAGUGGCGAGCUCGUAACUUCUUGUGUAUAUGAAAGACAACUAGCUCCCAGCCCGCUUAUGAUUCAGUGGAAAGCGACGGAGGAUCUGUGUACCCCUCAAACCCCUCAUCUUCUGGCCAGAUCAUUUUCUAUUCCGGUCUCCAGACAAUAGAAACGCGAUGCCGUUCAAACCUCCGGUGGUACCGAAGUGCCCCAACUGUGAUCGAUCCGUGUAUGCGGCCGAGGAAAAGGUGGCUGGUGGCUAUAAAUGGCACAAGGUCUGCUUCAAAUGCUCAAUGUGCAAUAAGAUGUUGGAUUCCACGAGUUGCUCGGAGCACGAAAAGGAGCUGUUUUGUCGCAUGUGCUACGGAAGACGCUAUGGACCCAAGGGAGUUGGUUUUGGUCAGGGUGCCGGCGCUCUGUCGAUGGACACGGGCGAGAAAUUUGGGAACAAGGAACAUGCGGAGAACAAACCCAAGGAUGCCUCGUUGACCUUGUUCUUCUAGGGAAAAGAGGGAACGAAAAAUUGUCCAUUAUGUUUUGGAAUUAAUUUCAUUCAAGUGUUUUUCGAUUCUUCUUCCAAAGAGAGUAGAUAAUCAUGUUGUGUUCUUGAUGUCCUGUAAAUGAUGAACAGUCAGUUUUGUCUUUAAUCAAACGGUUCUAGCGAAAAUUAUUGAAAAUUCAUUGUGUUCUUAUGUUAAACAAAUUUACUCAUGGAAUAAAUUAAUGUAUCACAAUGGA